AUGUUUCUUAAUGAGACACUUGUGCUGCUGACGUACACAGCUAAUAUGAUGGCGACUUUGCCAAAUGAAACCAGUUCAAAAAAUUUCAGUAAUAUAAAUGUUGAUGGUCAUAGUGACAGUGAAGCUAAUAAUAAUUAUUUAAUAACAACUUUGUCACCCGAAGAAGAAGAAAAUAAAUUUAAUUUAGAAGAUGAUUGGUAUAUGUGGCGAUGUUAUCAGCCUUACGGUUGUUUUUAUAUCGGAGCACCUUGGUCGGGUGAAAAUCGACCGGUAUCAACAUUUCCAGGUCGUCCGGAAAGCGUCGACCCUCACUAUAUGCUCUACACUCGAGAACGUUCAAAUGACCCAUAUGAGCUGCUAAUUGAUCAGUUGGACAUUAUUCGAAAAUCACCGUUGAAAAAUAAUGUAACCCUUUACUUUAUUGUUCACGGGUACCUUGACAAUGGCGACAAAACAUGGAUUUUAAGAACAAAACGUGAGUUGCUGAUACGUGAAGACUGCAAUGUAGUGGUGGUUAAUUGGAUUGCGGGAGCAGGGCCUCCAUAUCCUCAGGCCGUUGCCAAUACAAGACUUGUUGGUGCAAUGACGGCUAGAUUGGCAAUGCAAUUGAUACAAGAAGCUGGUGUACCUGAACAUCGUUUUCAUGCCAUUGGUCACAGUCUCGGAGCACAUACAUGUGGUUACAUAGGCUACUACUUACGUGUGCAAUAUGGUUACAAACUUGGACGAAUUACUGGCUUAGAUCCAGCAGAACCUCACUUCAGUAAUACUUCACCGAUGGUAAGAUUAGAUCCAACAGACGCCGAAUUUGUGACAGCUAUUCAUACAGACUCGAGCCCUUUUGUUACUGGCGGGCUAGGAAUCACCCAGCCAGUUGGUCACAUCGACUUUUAUCCAAACGGCGGACGUAACCAACCGGGAUGCAACCAUGGUGUGCUCAAUUCUAUUACACUUGAACGCGGAAGUUUUUUUCGCGGAAUUAAAAGAUUUCUUGGGUGCAAUCAUAUUCGCAGUUAUGACUAUUUCAUAGAGAGCAUCAACACAAAUUGUCCAUUUAUCGCGGUUCCUUGUUCCUCGUGGAGUAACUUUCAAGAGGGAAAGUGUUUUGACUGCAUAAGAGGACAUUAUAAGAUAACAAUAAAUAUUUCCAAGACAGCAGAGAGCGUAGACCACGGCGGCGAAGUCGGUAUGUUUGUUAUAAGAGUAAUUGGAGCGGCUACUAAUGAUAGCAAUCAUAAUUAUGAGCACGAUAGUGAUCGUGACAGUGAUAUAAAAAUAUCAGAAAGACUUGAAAUUAGCGAGGCGUCAAAGUAUUACGAGCCCGGAAGUAGCCAUACUGUUGUACUACCUGGUGAAAUUGUCGGAACUCCUGAAGCCGUUGAAAUAACAUGGGAAUACCAAACUUCUGUGUUUAAUCCAUUAACUUGGCGUCUAUUACAUAAGCCAAAAGCUUACAUUGAUUCUUUGAGAAUUGAUAGCUUGGAAGCCGGUCAAGGUUACUGUGUUUUAAAAUUGGGCAGCCGAUUUAUUGAAUAUCAGAGUAUAACAGUUUGUCCCGACGAAGGCAAAACAAUCACAGCGAAUGAACCUAAAAUAUUGACCGCAGAAAAUUGCCGCUAUCACACACCAGAUUCAAAUGUAAUAUCACAUUAA